CCCCUCCCACAUGUAUAAACUGCCCGUCUUCUCCGCCUCCUCCCCUCCUCUCUUUCUUGGGUUUCUGCGGCCAAAAUCCGGGAGCUGCGAGGCAACCUCGAAACCCCAGAACCCGAUCUAAUCACUAUUUCUGCGAUCCAAUUAUGUCGAGGAGGAAGACCAGGGAGCCUAAAGAGGAAAAUGUCACAUUGGGGCCUAAUGUACGAGAAGGAGAGCAUGUUUAUGGGGUUGCCCAUAUUUUUGCAUCAUUUAAUGACACUUUUAUCCAUGUCACUGAUUUAUCUGGAAGGGAAACCAUUGUCCGGAUUACUGGUGGUAUGAAAGUCAAAGCUGAUCGUGAUGAGUCAUCUCCAUAUGCUGCAAUGCUUGCAAGUCAAGAUGUUACUCAGCGAUGCAAGGAGCUUGGCAUUACUGCCUUACAUAUAAAGCUCCGUGCAACAGGAGGGAACAAGACCAAGACACCCGGUCCUGGUGCUCAAUCUGCUCUCAGGGCCCUUGCUCGAUCAGGAAUGAAAAUUGGACGCAUUGAGGAUGUGACUCCAGUCCCUACGGACAGUACCCGCAGAAAGGGUGGAAGAAGAGGAAGGAGGCUGUAGUUCCCUUUUCAUUUUCCUCAAUGCUUGUGGUUCUCUGGGAUAGCUGCUAUGUUUGAGCGAUAUUUUGCAGUUUUGGUCACUUCCUAUGAUUAUAUUGCCUAAUUGGUAGAGACUGUAAUUUCUUUAUGAAGUUUAUGAAUUAAUUCUCUUUUGGCACUGUUGUUUCUUAGAUACUGCUUGGUUCUUGUGUACUUGAACUUAGUGCUUGCCAGAGUAUGAUGACAUUCCCCAGA